AUGCAUACCUUCACGUUCAUUUUGCCUAUGCUUCGUUCGUUAGUCAGGCAUGCACCUGGGAUUCGCUUAUCCACCACUCGCUCUCCGUCACGGCCGAGUCAUAUCUCACUUGCAGCGGGAGCGGUUUUUCCACCCAUCACAAUGGAACCAAACACACUACUAGUUCAUGUUUCUAACGCUCGUGGUCUCUACCUCAAGAACCACACAACUCUAGAUGCUUUCGCCACCGUAGUUCUGCACGGCAAAGGAUCAUUGAGAAGCCGAGCGAUAACCGAACAAGUGAGCACGGAAGGAGAUUGUCGAUGGGAUGAACACUGUGAAUUUAAACUCACCGAGAAGUCUACUCAUAUAACAGUGACUGUCCAACAUAAAACGAAAUUUGGUGGCGGAGAUGUUAUCGGAAAAUGUGAAAUUCCACUUGAUCAAGCUAGAAAGAUUGGAGGACACAUGUGGUUUGCUCUCAAGAAGAAGAAAGAUGAUGACAAGUACAGGGGAGAAAUACAGCUGCAGUUCUCGUUCACGUACGAGAAACCAUCUUUGUCCAUCUCAAAUUCGUCUCUUAAUAAAAUUGAAAAGGACGGGAUGCUGGACAAAAUGAAGAAAAAAAUGAAGUUAGGAGGUAAACAUAAGCAAGCCGAGGAUACGAUGUCAGUGGUCAGCGGUAUCAGUGGAAUCAGUAUGACAAGUUCUCGCAGCAGCCGAUUCAUCAGCAAACUAAACAGAUCGCUUGGAAGAAAGUCGUCAACACUGCAGUCAGAUCGACAUUCUUAUGGGUACAGUGACGCAAACUCUUCACUUGAGUCAAAUGGUCAUCUUGCUCCGCCUUCGAGUAAUGGUGGCGUUAUUUUACGCGAAGAUAGGUCCAACUGCGUAUCUCGACCUGUUUCGGCGCUGAGUGGAAUAGAUUUCAACGAGGAAUCCAGCUACACUACACCUCAUCACCUCUCCAUGUCUUCUCCUGCUGCUCAAGGAGCACAGUUCACACAGAAUAUCUCGGGCUCUCCCACGGCGUCGACAGCUGAGUCUUUCCACCGAGCAAACAGCAUUAGAAGCGUAGCGUCUUCAGGUUUUGGAGGAUCCAAUAAACCAGUGAAGCAAAGGGGCGACGAAAAUGCUAGCUCACAACAAGAUCUCCUCGCGUUGGUUGAUAGCUUACGCUUAGAACUACGUGUUAAAGAGUCUCGACUGCGUGAUAUGGAAGAGUACAUGGAUAAUCUGAUAUCGCGGGUGAUGGAAAGAAAUCCUGAGCUAUUGGCAGCUCCACUUGGUCCAGAGAAGAAUAAAAGGACAAGUCGUUACUUCCAAUAA